CCAUCACGAAUGCAAAUCUAAAAGUUACAUCAAAUUAUCCAUCAUUCUCUCAUGUGGACUCAGUGAGCUCGUAGAAACCAGUUUGAGGACAUCACUGUAAUGCUUCUUGUUUCUUCACGGAUGUCCAUUCCUUUCAUGAUGUUUGGAACUCAAAUGCGAGCGGGACCAUACCGGCAUCUCAUAGGAAAGCAGCUGACUCCACAUGUUGACCUACACAGGAAGACUUGUUGGUUGCAUAGUACUGUAGCAAUGCGAUGGAGGACCAGUACCAGUCCAGCUCCUGUGCUGACAGUCACUCCAGCCCGUGGCCUCGUGGAUGAGCCAAUCAGCAUAAAAGCAGGUUUUAUGCCACCGCAGUAUCCGGUUACAUUGUGUGCACAAAUGCGCAGUGAGAAAGGUGACCUGUGGGAGGCUUUUGGCCACUAUAAGACCAGUGCAGAUGGCACCGUCAACCUUGCAAGGGAUCAUUCUGUGGGUGGCUCGUAUUUGGGAUGUGAGCCAAUGGGUCUCUUCUGGGCCCUGCAGCCAGCUCCUGGAGAAAGAGAUGGUUUAAGAUUGCGAAAGAAGAAUGUCGAGACUCCAUUCAUAGUGGACAUUUCUUUACUGGAAGGUCAUGUGACUCCCAGAGAGCGAGAGAACUCUGAGUUGGCUGUUGCAACCACUGAGCGCUGGUACAUGGCACCAGGUGUUCAAAGAAUAGACAUUCGCCAAAAUGGAGUUGUGGGAACGUUAUUCUUACCGCCGGGCCCGGGCAGGUUUCCAGCCGUGCUGGACGUAUGGGGUAUGGGUGGAGGACUAGUGGAGUACCGCUCAUCCCUGGCUGCAUCCAGGGGCUUUGCCAGCUUCUCCAUCGCCUACAUGGAACACAAGGAUCUGACAGUCCAACUGGAUAUUGACAGUUCGGAUGCAUAUAUGAAGAAAGCAAUUGAUAUCCUUCGAGAUCAUCCUCAAAUCUGCGGCGAUCGAAUUGGUGUCAUUAGUCUCUGCUAUGGAGUCUACCUGACCCUCCGAACGGCCACACUCGCUGAUGUAAAUCCAUCCUGUUUGGUUUGUAUCAAUGGACCAGCAGGAACCAACAUGGAGAUCGUCCAAACCUUUUGCAAGCCUCAAUCAUCAGAAAGUGACCAGAAAUGUUGGCCACGCAAUACGGCAGGCUAUAUCUGUUUUAAGGACACGACUUUGCCCCAAAACUAUUCCCCUGGGACCCUAGUGAAGAUAGAGAACCUGUCCUGUCCAUUGCUGUACGUUUUGGGUGAAGACGACCAAAAUUUAAGCAGCACUGAGAAUUCAAAACUGAUUGAAGAUGGCCUGAAAACAGCUGGUAAAUCCUACCUGUAUACCCGUUUGUCGUAUCCUGGCGCCGGCCACCUGAUUGAACCUCCGUACGCACCACACACAAGAAUGUCUUAUUGGAGGGUCAAACCAGAAAAACUCCCAACUCUGUGGGGAGGCAACAUCGUUAGCCACGCUGCUGCACAGGAAGAAUCUUGGAGGGAGAUCCUGAAAUUUUUGGACAAAAAUCUGAGGGCGUGAACUCGAUUUCCAUCUGUUAUCUAAAUGAUUCGCAGAAUUGGGCUUGCUACAAAAAGUGCACAGAUUCACCACAAGGAGGUGAUAGAUUAUGAUGACGAUCUGUAACGAGUUGGAAGUACUGUAAUGGCGAUGCACAUCUCUACUGAAAAUUAU